GUGCGUCAGUGCCGGUUCCCCUCCCACUUCUUCUUCUACAGUCGCACACUCGUCUCACUCUCCUCUCUCUCCUCUCUCUCUCUCUCUGUCGCUUUCUCUCUCUCUCUCUAGAAUUCGAAUCGCAGAAGCGGUUCUUCCUUUUAUCGCAGCAGAUCGGCCUCACUCGUUUCGAUCCGCGCUUCUUAGUUCCAGGUUGAAUUGGGUUUUAAGGAUUGGUAAUGGCGGGCGAAAAGAAAAUUGAGAAAGUAGAGCCUGUAUCCACUGUAUUGAAGGCAGAUCCUGUUACUGGAUUGAGUGAGCAAGAAGUGGUUUCUGGGAAAGACGGAAUACCAUCUGAUUCAAAGUCAAUGUCUCCUUUAUUGGAUGUCACCUCUAGCAUCAAAAGUGAGACCGAUCAAGUCUCAGUUGGAGAGCAUGGUGCUUACUAUCCACCUACUAGCUGUUACAAUUAUUAUUACCCAGGAUAUACUGGAUCGUUUACGCAGAUGGAUGAUCACGGUUAUUUGCACGGUAAUGGUUCACAUACGGGUGCGCAGUCAGACAAUGGUUCAAUGGUGUAUUUCCUUCCCAGCUAUAACCCCUAUGCCCCAGGAACUCUGAUGGGAGUGGACGGGCAAGGUGUUGGCCAACAACAGUAUUAUCCUUCCUCAGGAUAUAUGCAACCACCUGUUUCAUAUGGAUCAGAAGCUGCGUCUUGUUAUUCCUGGGACACAACAUUCGGUGGAAACGUCUCGACUGCAGGAAAUGCUGGUUUUGGAAAUGUAAAGGCUGGACAUGCAUCAACUGCUUUAUCUAGGUCAAAUGGUUUUAUAUCGACUAAAGCCCAUGGCCCAACCAAGUUUUCCAAGCCUCUCCCUACACAACCUAGCAAGUCAUUAAACAAGAUUCCUCAUCUGGGUAAUGAUUUCUCAGCGGGUGUUUUGAAGGGAUACCCACCAGCUGGAAGAUUCUCAUCAUUUACCAACCAGAAAUAUGGUUUGUUUCCUCCCACUGGUCAAACAUACUACAAAUCUAAUGGAAAUGAUAGUUUCAAGUCGAGGGAAAAAUAUAACAGGAAUGAAGAUUUUGAAUCCUCAGCUGAGUUGACACGUGGUCCAAGGUCCCACAACAAGAUUUCUCCAUUAGACUCACCAAUUGAGAAGGAAGAACUAGGAAUUAGUGUCCGUAGAGAGAAAUAUAACUUGCCAGAUUUUCAGACUGAUUAUGAAAAAGCGAAGUUUUAUGUCAUCAAGUCUUACAGUGAAGACGAUGUCCAUAAGUCCAUUAAAUAUGAUGUUUGGGCCAGCACUCCCAACGGCAAUAAGAAACUAGAUGCAUCAUUUCAUGAUGUGGAAUUGAAAUUGAGGGAGACCAGCACUCAGUGUCCCAUCUUCCUCUUCUUCUCGGUAAACGGAAGUGGACAGUUUGUUGGUGUAGCUGAGAUGAUUGGACGGGUAGAUUUUAAUAAAGAUAUGGAUUUCUGGCAAGUUGACAAGUGGAGUGGGUUCUUCCCAGUAAAGUGGCAUGUAAUAAAGGACAUACCGAACUCUAAGUUGCGGCACAUUAUCCUUGAAAACAAUGACAACAGACCAGUAACUUUUACCCGGGACACUCAGGAGAUUGGCCUCAAGCAAGGUUUGGAAAUGCUGAACAUUUUUAAAAGUUACACAGCCAAAACGUCUUUGCUAGAUGACUUUACGUUCUAUGAAAAUCGGGAGAAGUCUCUGCAAGCCAAAAGGAGCAAUAAACCGGCAACUUUGAAAAUGGAAAAUUAUGAUAAUGGUGAUAUCACUAAGCAUAUGAAUGGUGGAGGGAGAAACAUUGAUGUCGAAUCAGGUGGGAUGAGGAUGGGUUCUCUCAUCUCGCUCACGAAAAAUCUAUCCAUCGACGCCUGCCCGUGAUGACAGCGAUGCUACAAUAAGGCAUGUUGAGUUAUACACAUGGCCUUAGGUCCAGAAGGUUUUGAUUCUUAUCAUCUUUUUUUUUUGUUUUCCUUUUAAUUCUAGCUAUAUAUUUUUUUUUUCAAUUUUUCUAUCAAAGCUGGUUUGUGAGUUUAGUUUUUGUGCUUGGGUUAUUUAGCGGGUGAGUUUUGAAUUUCAUGUGAACAAGUUGUCUUACAAGUCAAUGUUUGUCUUUUCGCUCUAAAUCGAAAGAUUGAUUUUUCAAUAAACAGUUUGUGUUGUUUUUCAGUCA